AUGGCCGACGAAUUCAGGCUAGUGAUGCCGGGAGUGAGCCACGAGGGAAACCUGCCGAGGAAGUACACCGGCGAGGGUCAGGGCGCCACCAAGAACCUUUCCCCGCCGUUGGAGUGGUACAACGUUCCCGAACCGACCAAGACCCUGGCCCUCGUGGUCCAGGACAUCGACGCGCCCGAUCCCAGCGGCCCGCUCGUGCCCUGGACCGUGUGGGUGGUGACCAACAUACCGCCCGCGGUCAAGCGCCUCCCCGAGGGGUUCUCGGGGAAAGGGGAGGAUCAGCUGGGCGCGGCGGGCGCGGAUUACUCCGCGGUGAAGGAAGGGAACAACGACGAGAAGGUCCCCGGGUGGCGCCCGCCGUUGGUCCCGAGCCACGGGCACAGGAUGGAGUUCAAGCUCUACGCUCUGGAUACCGAGCUUCAUCUUGGCAACAAGGUGACGAAGGAGAAGGUGGAGGAGGCGGUUGAAGGGCAUGUGCUUGGCGAGGCGGUUCUCAUUUGCAUGUUUUGAUUCUGCCAUUUUUUUUUUUUUUUGGGUACUCUUGUGACUAGUGAAGUGAAAUCAAAUGAGAUCUUGCAGCACUUUUUUUGUCAUCGUGGCUUGAUUGGUAGGGGUGGUGAUGAUGCCAUCAACCAGCUAAACGUAAUAUUACUGAGAAGGGUAUUUUUAACAAGUUCAAAUUUAACCCCUGCUGUCGUAAUAAUUUAAAAUAGUGUUGAGAUGGUAUUAGAACGGAAGGAAUAAAUGGACAAAUUCGUGUGUAUUAGCUAAUUUGAGACAUAUAAAUAGCAAAGGUUGCAAAUUAUAGGUUUUUCAAUGAUAUUAAUCUAAAUCUUAGACAAAACAAUAUUAUUUAAUCC